AUGAACAGGAUAACUCUGUAUGACUUUAUAUUAGAUGAAGUAAGGGGGGGGAGGUACUACGACUCGUACCUGAUUGAUGGUGAAAACGGCGAGGAAAGCGUGGCAGGAGGAGCGACGGAACGGAAGGGGAAGAAAAAUUUAAGCGAAGGGAAUGCCGCGGUAAGAGGGGCAACGAAGGUAUCCAACACGGGUCAGGCAAACAACCCCCGAAAGGAUGACCGGCAGUACGACUUUUACAGAUUUUUGGAUACCUUUUUUAAGACGGACUCGAUCCCAGAGAACGCAUUGGAGCACAUGUUAAACGUGCCAUACUUCCUGGAGAAAAUCAUGAGCUUCUCCUUCCUCCUCUGUCUAGAUAACAUCCUUUACGACAUUACGUUUAUGCCUGUCCAAGUCAUUCGCUCUCUCUUCAUUUUGCUGUACACAUUUCUCAGAAAUACAGGUCAUAAUUUUCUUCGGCAUUUCUGUAAUAUAAAAAAUUUCAAAUUUUAUAAAUAUGCAGCAACGUACAAUCAUAAAGAUUUAAAAAAAUACAAAGCGAGGAUUAUUAGAAGUUCAAAUAAAUUUUCUUCAAAUGAAAGAAGAAAAAGAAGAGUGCCGAAACAAAAUAAAAAAAUCGAAAGUGAUGAUCAGUCAGGGAAGAACAAGAACUCACUCGAAUGUUCCUUCAUUUUGAAAAAAAAUUCAUCGAAGAAUUCCCUUUUUGGACAUCAUCGUAUAAACUGCUUUUCCUACAGCGUGAAUUAUUCCAACUCAGAUGAACUGAGCUUCGACGGAGCAAAAAGCAUUUCGCAGAAUACUUCCUUCGACACGAAUGCCGUGCUGAGUAGGUUAAGAAGUCUGAACAGACUGGGCAGCAGCGCGGACCUGGACGUCAACCGUGACAGUUAUGAGAAGCACGACACGCAUGAGAAGCAUGACUAUAAUGAGAUCCACACUCGCUGUGUCGACUUCCCAAUCGGCAGCUCCGGCGAGUACGCGGAUGGGAAGCCACUCAGAAAUGGCGACUCCAUUACAGGUGUGAAGAAAGAAGACGUCGACCAUGGGAGGGAGGCCCAUCUUGAGAGGCGAAAAAGGAGGGCCGAGAUAAAGCAUAACAAGAAAAUGCUACAAAUGCUUAAUAAAAAAUCGAUAGAACAAAAUUCCCAUCGAAGGAGAAAGACAAACCGCCUCUUCUGUCUCCCCCUCUUCGAACCCUUCUCAUUUGCGAAAAGAAAAAUAUGCCAUCUUUUAAAAAGUUCAGCAAAGAGUGUUUACGACGUGUUCAAACGCGUCUGCAUCAGAGUGCUGCUCUUCUUUCACAUCAACAGACUCUACUCGUGUAGCAUUUUUGAAGCCGAGGAGAAAAAGAAGAUUGUCUCCCGGUCGUUUGAGGCGAAGUGCCUGGGAAGUGUUAAAAAGGGAGGCGACCAACCGCAGGGGGAGCGCCAAAUCGACGCUGAAAAGACAGAAGAACGGGAAACCGCUGUUGAUCAAGCGAGGAAUCAGCUAUGCGGGGAUGGCGAAGCGAAGGAACAACCCUGUGACAAUCGGACUGCCGGACCGUCCACCCAGACGGAGGGCGAACCAGAGGCGACUGCACAAAAUGGAGAAGUUCACAAAGGGGAGAGCCCAAAUGAGGCAAGCCAUCUAACGCAGAAGAAAGAGGAACCCCCAAAGGUGGAAAGCUCAUUGUGCCUUCCAAUCAAUAACCGACAAAUCAGCACGAAAAAUUAUUCCCAAAAUGGUACUAGUCUCCAACAAAACGGGGAUGACAUAAUCAGUGAUUUUUCUAUCGAGAGUGUCUACACAUCUGAUGGAAGCGACCUCUCGUGUAGUAGCAACUCCACGAACAUAUGCGACGUGUUCGAUGGGGUGCUAUUCCUGGAUGGCCACAGUAACCCCGACGAGGAAAACGACCCAAGUGAUGCAUACGGACAGAACCAGAGUGGUCAACUCAACCCCCUUUUUAUGACCCAAAAGAGAAACAGCGAAAACUGCAUCUACUACAAACUUAAUGAGGGAUUCACAAAGAGAAGGAGCAUAAUGAAAAAUAUUUCCAAAGUUAAAGAAAUGAAGAGAAAGUUUCUCAGGCAACAUUUGAACUCACUCAAAUUAUCCUUCCCAGAAUACAGCGGACUAAUACGAAUGUCUCUUAUCCUUAUCUGCAUCUACAUUUUUUCCUUUGUGGACACGUCUAGGAUUUACCAUUACAUAAGAGCCCAGCCUUUUAUGAAACUAUACGUCGUUCUCAAUAUGCUCGAAAUUGUGGAGCGACUGCUCAGGUCGUUAGGGAAGGACCUCAUCGAUAACAUGAUUCGAACGUUCAUCAGAAUUAUUAACUUACGAUCCUAUGUCUACAUUGUUAGGAACCACUACACGAGUAAAGAGAACGAACGAGAGGCGGAGGAAAUGCCCUGGAUGUCGGAACACAGCCCAGGUGGGGCUCCGCAAAGUAGGAAUGAAGCUACCUUCCCAGCAGCUUCGCCUACGACCGCCACGCUAGCCACGACUACCACAACUAUAGCCACCUCGGGGGGAUCCUCCAUCCAAGCGCACCACUGCCCGGAAAACAAAUCGGCAACUCCGAAACAUCCAGACCCCUGUGAGGCACUCCCGAAUGAUCACCAAACGACGAACAAACCAACAGGCAUUUGCCCAAUUGGCAACGGCACACAAGACGCGGAGAAGUGUACAAAUAAAAUUGACACCAACCCCAGACACAACCAAAGCGAAAGUCAAAACCAGAACCAAAACCAGAAUCUGCUCACUCCGAACGAACAGGAAAAGAACAAAAUCGAUUGUCUCAAAAAUAACAAGGACGACCAAAUGAACAAGAAAUUUAAAAUCCCCAUCUUCUACCCCUUCUAUAGUAUACUCAUCAAAUUUAUUGUGCAGUACAUUUUUGUCCUUACCUAUAUCUUAACCCACGCCUUUGCGCACCUCAUACGCUUCCUCUCGCUGAACAUUGCGAUCAAUUCGUCGGAGUCCACCAUGUUCCUGAUCCUAGUGAUGAGUAACUUCACAGAAAUCAAGUCAACAGUCUUCAAAAAAUUCUCCAAGACUACCCUGUUCACAAUUGUGGCUUCAGAUGCAGUCGAGCGCUUCUACCUCUUCAUCGAUGCCUUCCUCGUUUUGCUAAAGAUGUCCACUGCGUACAGAACGCAGAAUUCCUUUUUUAGCAUUUCCAGCUGGCUCAUAAUUAUUCUGCUCCUCGAGGUCGGCGUCGACUGGUGCAAACACUCCUACUUGCUCAAGUACAACAGAUUGGACUCGGAGUCCCUCCACAAAUAUUUCCACACUCUCCUGGCUGAUGUCCUAAUUUCCAGAACUCCCAACAACAACAUCUACUACAUGAACACCUCCUCCUUCGAAGUGCCGUGCAAAAACAUUUUCUGCUUUGCGCACAUCCCCACGCGCAGACUUGGCUACAUGUCCAUGCCGGUCGUGACUCUCAUCGUAUGUUCCCUCCCAAGAUUAAACUAUUUGUACAACAUCUCCCACUUUUCCUUUGCCUUGUCCAUCUGGGUUUGCCUUUUCCUUUUCAAGAUCAUCCUCUCAGUCAUUAUUGUGUCCUACACGAUAUCCGAAAAGAAGCAUCUUAAAAACCUGGCGAACCCAUAUGACGAUAUUAGUGCCAUGUGA